AUGGAUACUGUUUCUCCUUCCCUCGCCCCUCUUUCCCGGGCAGCAGAACUUCUCCCGUGGCGGAGACAGUCGUCGUUUCUGCUCUCCGUAUCUCACUCCGAUGUCUCGCACAAGCAGCCCUCCGCAUUCCGCGGAGCUUGUCUCCGCGCAAUUGAGGGGUCCGGGGAAGGGGAGAAGGGGAAGCCAGGACCGCUAGUGCGGAAAAUAGAAGAGGAAGAAGAGGAGGACGAAGAGGAGGAGUGGGAUGAGGAGGAAGAGUGGGAGGAUGAAAUCGACGGUUUAGACGAAGACGAGGAGAAUUUAGAGGAGGGAGAGCAGGAAGGGGAGGAGGGAGCAGAGGAGGAUGAUGAGGACGAUGCUGUUGUACAGAUGGCUGCAGCUGAUUGGGAGAGAGCAGCAAUGGCGGUGGUGGUGGAGGCGAUUGAGAAGCAGGAGAAGGACGAGAGCCGGCGCAAGGGCUGGCGACGCCGACGGGAGGUCACUGAGGAGGUACCGGAGCAUCUGCUGCCGCGAGUGGCCAUAGUGGGGCGACCCAACGUGGGCAAGUCAGCUCUCUUCAACCGCCUCGUAGGGCGCAACAUAGCAAUAGUGCAUGACGAGCCCGGGGUGACAAGGGACCGCCUGUACGCGCGUGCUCUCUGGGAGGGCCGCCAGUUCCUUCUCACCGACACCGGAGGCCUCAUGGACGCCCCUAAUGCUGCCGCUGCUGCUGCCGCUGCUAGUGCUGGUGCUGCUAGUGGUGGUGCUGCUGGUGCUGCUGGUGCUGAUGGUGCAGAGGGUGUGGUUGCGAAGAGGGGCAAGGGCGGUAGAGGGGCGAGGGCAGGGCGCGGAUCAUCGUCCUCGGCCUUACUCGCACUCGCCAAGGCGGAUGGCGUUGCUGUCAUUGGUGGCGGUGGGCGAUUGGCCAACGAGCAGGCGGCGAAGGAGGCUGAGGUGGCGGGUCUGCCGGAGCUGAUUGGUCGACAGGCUGCUGCUGCCGUGGAGGAGGCCGAUGCAAUCAUUAUGGUGGUCGAUGGGCAGGCUGGCGCAACAGCUGCUGACGUGGAGAUCGCUCAGUGGCUGCGGCGGCGCCACGUGGCGAGCAGCAAGCCGGUCUUCCUGGCAGUGAACAAGUGCGAGUCGCCCACCAAAGGGCUCCUGCAAACCGCCGAGUUCUGGUCGCUGGGCCUGACCCCGUUGGCUGUGUCGGCCCUCUCAGGCACGGGCACGGGCGACCUGCUGGAUGAGCUGAUGAAGGCACUGCCCUCACUUGAGGAACCUGAAUCGUCCACUUCACUCUCCACCAUCACCGGCAGCGACACUACUGCUACCACACAGCUUGGCCGAGUAUCGCUGGCCAUUGUGGGGCGGCCCAACGUGGGCAAGAGCAGCAUAGUGAAUGCGCUGCUGGGGGAGGAGAGGACCAUCGUGAGCCCUGUCAGCGGCACCACCAGAGAUGCCAUCGACUCCAAAUUCACCGGACCAGACGGGCAGGAGUACACACUCAUUGAUACGGCAGGGGUGCGCAGGCGAGCAGCAGUCGCAGCAGGCAGCAGGGCGGAGGGUCUGUCAGUGAAUCGGGCGCUGAGGGCCAUACGGAGGGCGGACGUGGUGGGGCUCGUGGUUGAUGCCAUGCUGUGCGUCACAGAGCAGGACCUUCGACUGGCGGAGCAGAUAGAGAGGGAGGGCAAGGCGUGUGUGGUGAUUGUGAACAAGUGGGACACCGUGCCUGAUAAAGACGCCACCAGCACGUUGAGCUACACGGAGGACGUGCGGGGGAAGCUACGCUCCAUGCCCUGGGCUCCACUGGUGUUCACCUCGGCAACCACGGGGCAGAGGGUGGCCAAGAUUUUGGAAGCUGCCCGUUUUGCUGCCCAGCAGAGGGCCAAGCGCCUCACAACAGCCACACUGAACCAGGUGGUCGGAGAGGCUGUUUCUUUUCAACCGCUGCCCGGGGGCGGAAAGGGUAACAAACGAGGAAAAAUAUACUACAGCACUCAGGCAGCUACCAACCCGCCGACCUUUGUGUUUUUCGUGAACGACGCGAAACUUUUCGGGCAGCAGUAUAGGCGAUACAUGGAAAAUCAGCUUCGGGAGAAUAUUGACUUUGAAGGCACACCGAUCCGGCUGCUCUGGCGAAGCAAGCGCCGAACCAAACCAGUAGGUUCGGACGGGGAAGCAACAGGAGGGGCCGGAGGGGGAGCGGCAGGAGGGGCAUCAGGAGAACAAGGGAAAGGUGGAGGGAGGGGAGGGGGAAGAGGAGGGAGGGGAGGGAGAGGAGGGAGGGGAGGGAGAGGGAGAGGAGGGGGUGGGAGGGGAGGAGCCUCAUUGAGGGGAGGGAAAGAGGGGAAUGUGAAGGUGAGCCAGAGAUAG